GGCUAGUAGUUCAGGGGUUGUGGGUGCAGCGAUGGCACAUACCCACAUACCCAGAGUCAGUCCGUUGGUGUGAUGGCUAGCCAGCAAUUAGUGUUGACUCCCAAGGAGGUCGUCAUUCAACGAGCAAACGCACGCAGCACAUCUACAACAGGCACUAGAUGAGAUACAGGCAAAGAAGGAGAGAAUGAUUAGACGUCGAGCGAGGAUGCAGCGGAGAGAAGCGGACAUCCGGGAGUUAGAGGAAACGGACCUGACAAACAUGGAUGACUAUGUAAGGAACGUUGGGACAGUCCUGCUGGAUGUAGUGGAGGUGCAGGACUACCAUACGUCCCUCUUGCAAGACAUUCAGAGGAGCCUGGCCGUUCUGGUCGAGCGAGUUCAGGUUACACCAUCACCAUUUGGGCCAGGUGCCUGGCCCUUGGUACAGCCUCCUCCUUUUGUCCCACCGGUAAUCGGGGUAGUCCCAUCUAUGCUUCCUCCGGUAUCGGUACAGGCCGGUUCCCACCUUGGUAUGCCUUUGACAGGCGGGUUCUCAACAAGUCCUAGUGUACAGGUUCCUGUUCAGAUGGUGUUGUCCCAACCUCCUUUGCCGACUGCCGUAUCAGGACAGCCUGCUGUUUCGCAGCAAGCGCAGCAGCAGGUGCAGCAACCUGGACCCCACGUUCCACAAUUUGGAGUUGCGCAGGCACCGGGACAGGGACAGUGUGUUCCAAAGACUGCCAUCGCAUCACCAAAGCCCUUCUCACGAGAUAAGAAGGGUGAGGACCUCAACAACUGGUUGAGGUUGGUGCCAAUCUAUGUGAAGUGCAAGUUAACCUUGCCUCACGAGGAAGUGUUUGUGGUUGCCUCCUAUCAGGAGGGGAAUGCAGCAAGGUGGUUAAGUGGUGAGCUAUGGAAGGCUGCAGGUGCUGAACGAGGGGCUCAGCUGCAGAUGACCUCCGGGAACCACCCAAAGGCAAAUGGACAAGCGGAUCAGCUGAACCGCGCUGAGGGGAAGAAGUUGAGGCCCUUAGAGUACAUGUCCAAAAAGAUGCCCUCUCAUAAGUUUGCUAAGUCCACAUAUGAGAAGACACUCUACGCGAUAUAUGAAGUGCUGACCCAUUGGAGGCACUACCUCCUUGGGAGAUUCUUCUACGUCAGGACUGAUCAUCGGACCAUGAGGUGGAUGGGGACACAACCUGUACUCUCCGGUGCUUUGAAACGCUGGAUCGAAGUCAUAGAACAGUAUGACGUCGAACCUCAGUACAUCAAAGGGGAGUACAACAAGGUUGCUGAUGCGCUAUCGCGUAGGCCAGAUUUCCUUGGUGCGCUAAUCACCGAGUUCGGGCUUGCGGACAAUGUUACUCAGUCCUUGGUGGAAGCCUAUCGCGAGGAUCCGUUCAUGGCAGAGGUCAUAUGCAGACUCGAGGCGAAGGACAAGGUGACUUCAGACGAGUUUGUGUUGGUCGAUGGCCUGGUGAGAGCCUCCAUGGAUUUGAUGGAUACGCUGGUCACCAGCAAGAGUGGUAUGAGAUAUGUCUUUGUUAUUGUGGAUAAGUUCAGUAAGUAUGCUAGGUUAGUUGCCAUGCCGGAAACAGCGAAGACCGAGUACAUAAUCAGACUGUUCAAAGAGAACUGGGUCAGAGAAUAUGGCCUGCCAAAGUCCAUUAUCAGUGACCGGGAUGUACGAUUCGCCAGUGAGCUGUGGCAGGCUACAGCUGCUGAACAAGGGACUCAGCUGCAGAUGACCUCCAGGAACCACCCAGAGGCAAAUGGACAAGCGGAUCAGCUGAACCGCGGUGUACAACACCUGCUAAGGCACUACAUCAAGCCUAAUCAGGUGGACUGGGAUGAGAAGCUUGCUCUCAUCGCCAGCCUGUACAACAACGUUGUGCACAGCGCGACUGGGGUGAGCCCCAACAGUCUGCCCCUAACUUUCAAGCCUGAACUGCCUCUAGAUUUCUUAUUACCUGAGAACCAGUCCACUGCUGCGCCGGGUACCUUGGAAUUUGCCUACAGAUAUGAAAGUCUUAUGCAACAAGCAGUGGACAGCAUGUGCAAAGCACAGGUGGUAAUGAUAGAAUCAGAAAACAAACACCGCUGCCCUUCUAUGUUCCAGGUUGGGGAUAGAGUCUGGGUCAAGGCACCCGAACUUGGGCAAGAGCACGGGAUUUCCCGAAAGCUCAUGCCACAGUACUUCGGACCAUGGGAGGUUUUAGAUGUGGUCGGAGACUAUCCCGAUGGGCCUUCCUAUGUGGUGCAAAUCCCUGUCGCCUCUCCUUUGACAGAUCUAACUCGACUUGACACGCCGUGGGACUGGAGUGAUGAGUGCGAGGGUGCUUUCAAGCGAUUGAAGCAUGCACUCAUGAAUCAUGAAGUUCUCAUGGUUCCCGAUCCUCAGAAGCCAUUCAUAGUGACCACUGACGCAAGCCAAUAUGGCAUUGGCGCAGUGCUGGCUCAACAGGAUGGGAAAAAGUUGAGACCGAUUGAGUACAUGAGCAAGAAGAUGCCAUCAAAGAAACUGGCGAAGUCCACCUAUGAAAGGGAACUGUAUGCUCUAUAUAAAACAAUUGUCCAUUGGAGACACUUCCUUUUGGGAAGGUUCUUCUACUUGAGGACUGAUCAUCAGACCCUCAAAUGGAUCAAGACUCAACCGGCUCUUUCUGACGCACUCAAGCGAUGGAUUGAGGUCAUAGAUCAAUAUGACUUCAAGCUUGAGUAUCUGAAGGGAGAGUACAACAAGGUUGCAGAUGCGCUAUCACGUAGGGCAGACUACCUAGGUGCGCUUGUUUCUGACUUUGGCGUGUCUGAUGAAGUAACUCAAUCGUUGGUGGGAGCCUAUCAGGAAGAUCCUGUCACGAUGGACAUCAUUCGCAAACUUCAGGCAAAAGAUAAGGCCACAGAGAGUGAGUUUGUUAUGGUGGACGGGCUUCUCUAUCUUGAUAAGGCCGGAGUAAAAAGGUUAGUAAUUCCAUCUAGUGAACGUUUGCGUAGUUUGUUUCUAGGAGAAUGCCAUGACGCAACCGGACACUUUGGCUACAAGAAGACAAGUGCUAAUCUAGUACAGCGAUUUUGGUGGCCUGGAAUGUUGGAUGACGCCAAAAAGUACGUAGAGACCUGUCAGGUCUAUCAACGGGACAAGCCGCGAACUCGAGCAGUGCUUGGGUUGUUAAAGCCCUUACCUAUUCCCGCUGGUCCAGGACAGAGUGUCUCCAUGGAUUUCACCCUAGUGACCAGCAAGAGUGGCAAGAGGCACAUAUUCGUCAUCAUCGAUCGAUUCACCAAGUACACUAGACUAGUUGCAAUGCCAGAGACCGCAAGGACUGACCAUGUCAUCAAGUUGUUCAAGGACAACUGGGUGCGUGACUUUGGGUUAACAAAGACCAUCGUUAGUGACAGAGAUGUCCGCUUCACAAGUGAGCUAUGGAAGAAGACUGCUGAACAGAUGGGCAGUCAACUUCAGAUGACUUCAGGGAAUCAUCCCGAAGCCAACGGUCAAGCCGAUCAAAUGAACAGAGUUGUACAGCACUUGCUGAGGCAUUACAUCAAGCCCAGCCAGGAUGACUGGGAUGAGCAGUUGCCACUCAUCGCCAGCCUGUACAACAAUGCUGUACACAGCAGUACCGGCGUUAGUCCUAAUGAGCUGCACUUGGGAUGGAAGCCUAGAUCAGCCCUAGACUUCCUCCUACCCGAAAACCGACCCGCUGCAACUCCAGACACACUCGAGUAUGGUGUGCAGUAUGAGAAAUUGCUGCAAGAAGCUGUCGAGCAUAUGAAGAAAGCUCAGCAAGCAAUGAUUGCUUCUGAGAAUCAACAUCGCAGACAGUCCUCAUUUCAGGUAGGGAACGUGUCUGGGUCAAGGGUAGUGAGCGAGGACAGGAAAUUCGGAAUCUCUCGUAAACUAAUGCCUCAAUAUUUUGGUCCUUGGGAAGUCCCGGAUAUAGUGGGGGAUGAGAUGGAUGGUCCCACAUAUGUCAUCCGUGUCCCUGGACACCUACGCACUUACCCUGUAUUUCAUGCCUCAAAGCUUGCACCUUUCGCUGAGACGGAUCAAUUCCCUUCAAGGAGGUCGAUGCUGCCCCCAACCAUGGAUGGUCAAGUAGACAUCGACGACAUUGUGGAUCACAGGGACAUGCCUGUUCCAAAGCCGCUGGGCCGAGGAAGACCUCCCAAGCCCAAGAGAGAGUACCGCGUCCGAUUCAGGCAUCGUACGGAUCCAAAAGAAGAUCGUUGGUUUACCAAAGAGGAACUGAUUGAGACAGCUCCUCAAGUGGUGGCAGAAUACGAGAGAAAGCUGAAAGGGAAGGCACGUGCGAAGUAAGCAUCUCAGCAGACUUUCGAAGCUAAGGGGGAUGGAAUGUGAGGAUUGAGCCCUCAAGAAGGGGCCUUGCCAUGAUGUACAUGUUCUGGGCUAAGGCCCCAGCAAG